AUGGAUGGACAGGUUGGAAUAGUUACUGGAGCCGGAACGCCACAUGGCAUCGGUCGUGAGUUGGUGAAGAAGUUAGCAGAGGCCGGAGCUCUAGCAGUAUAUGCGUGUGACCUCAACCUUGGCGCGGCCCCGACACUGCAGGAAGAAGUCCGAAAAGCUGGCUAUGGCACAAUCAUCGAAGCUCGUUUAUUAGACGUUUCCGAUGAACAACGCACUCAAGAAAUUGUCAAAGAAAUAGUGAAGACUCAUGGCCGUUUCGACUUUUUCUUUGCAAACGCUGGUUUCGCCAACUACAGAGAUCUCAUCGACACCGAAAUUAUGCAUUAUGAGCGACAAAUGAAUGUGAUGGCAAAGGGGCCUUUCUUGGCUAUCAAGUAUGGAAGCCCAGCCAUGAUGGUGACUUCAACAAUCAAGCCGACCCCUGGAGGAUGUUUUGUUGUCACUGGAUCUUGCGCAUCCUACUUGGGUUCAUAUUCCGAUCUGCCAUAUGCCACUGCUAAGACCGCACUCCAUGGUUUGAUUGCAGCAGCUUCAAUACAGCUUUCGGCCAGCAAUAUUCGAGUGAAUGGUGUGGCGCCGGGCUUCACAGAGAGCAGUAUUCUUACGGUAUCCCAGAACGCAGAAAAAGGAGAGUACUCGAACAGCAUGGAUCAAACAAAGAUUAAGGAAAAUCACCAAUGGUUCUUUGAAAGAGCUGGCAUGCUUGCAGCUCAAAAGUACUAUUACAAUCGAGUGCAGGACCCAUCAGAGAUCGCGAAUGUACAGUUGUUCCUCGCCUCUAGUUCCGCAGCUUGUAUUAACGGACAAAUGAUCCUGUGUGACAGCGGCAAGACGACUGCUUCCAUGGGAGAGGGAUGUACUGGACCUGUCCGUUCUAUUCCUGUGCUAGAACUGGAUCCCAAGUAA